UCAUGCCACUGCACUCCAGCCUGCACAACAAAGUGAGACUCUGUCUCUCAAAAAAAAAAAAAAAUGAAAGAAUGACACAUUUCACUCAAAUUAUAGCACUCCAUCCUAGGCCAAGGGCCAGGCGGCAGUCAGCUAACCUUGAAUGUAGCCCAUUUUCCUCCCUUACCUCACUACCAAAAAGCCAGUCCUAUUGCCAGAUAUUGAAUAUGUCCAGGGCUGGAUUUAUUUGGUCCCCAGGAGGGUCUUAGACUCUCCCAGCAUUUUAGGAAGAGGAAAAAAGCUCCAAAGUAGCAAAGUACGGACAAGUCAGCCCCCAGCCUCAUGCCCUGAGACUAUUCCCCCAAGGGGACAUUCUUGCGCAUGCCAGCCCUAUCUGAACCCACAGUCCAAUCUGACCUACACCCAGACAAGCCCCUGGAGCCCAGAGAGUACCCGGACAGCCACACAUUCAUAGGGAGCUCUGCCUCACCACUGGGUUCCUAAUUAACUGAGUGAGUGGGUGUGUUUUGCAUGGUGACAGGCAUUGCUAUGAUGCAUCAGGAAACAUGUCAUAGUGUCAUCACUGUAACAUGACAAGAAUUGCAGCCAUGGCUGGAACCUUUAUAAAGUGACCAAGCACACCUUUCCAUCCAGUCUCAGCUUGGGGUGAAGCCUGGCAGCUAUGAGGAUCCAUUAUCUUCUGUUUGCUUUGCUCUUCCUGUUUUUGGUGCCUGUUCCAGGUCAUGGAGGAAUCAUAAACACAUUACAGAAAUAUUAUUGCAGAGUCAGAGGCGGCCGGUGUGCUGUGCUCAGCUGCCUUCCAAAGGAGGAACAGAUUGGCAAGUGUUCGACGCGUGGCCGAAAAUGCUGCCGAAGAAAGAAAUAAAAACCCUGAAACAUGACGAGAGUGUUGUAAAGUGUGGAAACGCCUUCUUAAAGUUUAUAAAAGCAAAAUCAAGUUAAAUUUUUUUCAAAAAAAAA